AUGGAGGAGGUGGCCAAGACGAUUGAGGACACCUUUAAACCUAUUCUGCCCAGAGAACCACAUACACUGUCGCCACAUCCGACUCUAAGCUACCCGCCAACUCGCGAUCCUAAACAACUUGAGGAGCAGGUGUGCCGACCACUGCAGUACACGACCUUUGUCAGCGACGCAGACCGUGGCGUGCUCCUGGCAAGGGCAUACUUUGACAUCCGGGAGGAGGACCAGGCCAGUCAUGCGAGCAACACCCCUAUCGCUCGACCAGCCGAUCCCAAGAAGCCCAAGACGAAAUUAUCACUCAAGGACUAUAAGAGCAGAAAGGAGGCUCCGGACGGCGAGUUGACGCCGAAACCGCGCUUGACAGCGCUCAAGGAGCAGGAACAGCCGAGGACUGCCCAGGAGACUACUCCCAAACUUGAAAUGGACAUCAAGCGGGAGCGAGACACGCCCGCCACUUCGAGUCGAAGCCGACCAAAUCCACAGCGACCACGGAGCCCCUCACCAGUGCGACCAAAGAAGAGACUGUCAGAAGCUGCCGACCUUGAACCAAAGCACAUCAAGCGCCAGAAGCCGGAUGAUUCGAUAAUAAGCAAAACGGAGCGCACUUUGCCGCGCCCCCCUCCUGCAGGCCUACCACCCAAGCCGGAGCGUGUAGUCUCGCAUGACAGGCGGCCUUCCAAGGACCUGCAGCGGCCCUCUCCACUGUCCAAUGGGAAACGACCACUCAACAGCACCCCGGCGCUGCCUUCGCCCAGGACCAAUGGUGUGCAGAAGCCCGUCUCAAGCAGUUCAUCUGUGGUCAAGAAGCAGGAGCCGACUGCUAAACCAAAACCCUACGUGCCACCCUUGCUGUCCCCCCUGCAUUUGGGCAGCCUGGACGACAAGUCCUCGAGCCGACCGAGUCCGAAGAAGCGGCCGGACGAUCAGCUAAGACCACUUCCUAAGAAAGCGCGGGAAGAGCGAGACUCGUCGCCAAAGAAAGCCCGUGAGGAGCGUGAAUCCUCGCCGAGCCCCAAAAAGCGACGGCCUCACCCAAGCAUUCCCCCACUCCUCUCGCCGACGUUGCCACCGAUCGUGAUGGAGGAACUGGCGAAAAUGAAGAAGACCGCAUCUUCAAGCUCCAAGGAUUCGUCUACCGGCCAGAAACCGGAGCCACAGGGUGCUGUUGCCCAGAAGACCGUCCAUCCUUCGAGAGAUUCCAUCCACGUCGACAGCCGCAAUGACAAUGACAGGGAAGGGCGAGAAAGUCUCGUUGUGGUGCUCAAGUACAAGAAGCGCCUCAAACUGACCGUGGAGCGCAUUCUCAAGUUAGAGCCAAAGGGCAAGCGAUUUGCUCGGGACCGAUCAGACAGCCUGGAGCCAGGAGUUGCCAAGAAGCGUCCAAGAGCCGCUGGCGAAGUUCACGCCACGGAGGCCGGCAAGCGCCCGCGUACGUCCGAGUCCUUGCAACCGGCGACGCCAUCUAAUCGGCAGUCUGCCGCCAUGGUUCGAGCUGCAUCCAGCAGCUCUCAGGUAGGCACGCCUGGUGUGUCUACAACCGUAACCCCUGCCACACAACCAGCGGAGUCUCGUCGUCCAUCAGCAAAUCCGGAACAGGUGCAGCGCCUGCAGUCGAGAUCUUCUAGAUACAUUGAGCUUGGCACAAAGUUGAAGCACAGUCGCGACAACAUGGCUCGCUCGAAGCAACCGCAAUCGGCCCCGUCCGAACGGGAUGGACCCUUCAUCAUGGCUUAUGGCGUGCAGUCCCUGCUCUCCUACAUGCUCGGCUUCAAGUUAGAGAAUGACGCGAGAGACCUUGACAAGAAACAAAGGAGUCAUGCGACGUGGAAAUCUUUACAGCCACUCUUCCGGGUCAUCAAGAAUGACUGUGGGCGUAACAGUCAGAUUUCAGCCCUGGUGCUGCGCAUGCAAGGCAUUCUCCUGGUAAACCUUGGUCAGGCCUUGUGGUCCUACCCCGAAGGCCCAGAGAUGGCAAAGGAGCUGCUACAGAACUCGAAGGACCAACACGAGACGUGGCGCAUGGCAGAGAAAGCGCGAAAGGCUCUAGGCUUCUACGAUGGUUCCUCGAGAUCAGACGACGGCGGCGAGGUAGGCAAACUGCUUGACCGCCUGGGUCCAUGGACAAGUCCAGAGGAAGCAAUACCCAUCACCCUCGAGAUUUUGCGAAAGACCAUCCGAACGAAGGAGCCUUGGCGGCCGACCGAGGAGCUCGCUAGAUACGGCCGCACAAACACGAAUGGGGCUUGA